GAUAUGCCUGUACAAUGACAAAACAACCAACAGUAGGUGUCGACGUAUUAUUGUGCAGCCAUGUAUAUAUAAGCAUAUUGAGCGUAAUCCUAGGUGAUCAAUGGCGAAGGAGCGUGCAUCCUUAAAUCCUCCUCUGCAUUUCUCCUCCAACCUUUCUUCUAUCUUAGGCUGUAAUAUCAUUUCAUGUCAUUUUUCUCAACCCAUAUUUGAUUCCAGGUGGCUUACAGGAUCUUCCUUCUUUUCUACUAGAGGUGUACCGCCUUUAUCAGUCAGCCGUAUAUUUAGCAGCUGACUGAAAGGCCAGCCAAGAAAAGAGCCAGAACCCAUCUCAGUUGUUGUACAUUCUUUGAUUUCGGAGACUUUUGUGAAGUAAAAUAAACAAAGAGAUGGGCUUCUGGACUUUGCUUGAGGUGGCUUCCAUGCCAAUCAUCCAGGUGCUCCUCAUAAGUGUAUUGGGAGCUGUCAUGGCAACUGAACAUCUAAAUCUUCUGCCUGCUGAUGCUCGAAAAUCAUUAAACAAGAUUGUGUUUAUGGUGUUUACUCCCUCACUGAUGUUUGCAAGUUUGGCCAAGACUGUCACCCUUGAUGACAUUAUCUCAUGGUGGUUUAUGCCUGUCAAUAUUGGCUUGACCUUUCUCUUUGGAGGAAUACUUGGGUGGAUUGCUGUCAAACUAGUGAAACCAAGGCCCCAUUUAGAGGGUCUUGUCAUUGCUACAUGUUCAUCAGGAAACUUGGGAAACCUUCUGCUGAUAAUUGUUCCAGCAAUCUGUAAAGAGGAUGGCAGCCCAUUUGGCGAUCAUAAUACUUGCUCUACUAUUGGACUCUCAUACGCCUCCUUCUCUAUGGCGCUUGGUGGUAUUUACAUAUGGACCUACACUUACCAUUUAAUAAAAAACUCCGCACGCAAAUACGAAGCUGAAAAGGCUGCUUGGGUGGAGACCUUAGCAGAACCCAACAAAGAUUUGGAUGCAGAUGAGAAGUCUCAACUUCUUGAGGCCAAUGCUCAAGAGCAUGUCUCUGUAUCUGUAGAUUCAACAGAACCUACCGAAGAUGAUGUCGAAUACCAAAAUGUUGUUUCUCAAGGAUCAUCUUUCAAGUCAAAACAGCAAAAUGCAUCAUUCUGGACCAAAUUAUUUGGAAUCGUAUACCAGAUACUAGAGGAGUUAAUGACACCCGCAACACUUGCAGCGAUAAUAGGCUUAAUCUUUGGUGCAAUUACAUGGCUGAGAAAUCUCAUAAUUGGUGACAAUGCCCCACUCCAUGUCAUUCAAGACUCUAUCGCAUUACUUGGCGAUGGAACCAUACCUUGCAUUAUUCUUAUCCUCGGAGGGAACUUGAUACAGGGCUUACGCAAGGCAAGAUUGAAGCCACCGAUCAUCGUUGCAGUCAUCUGCGUGCGAUACAUACUGCUUCCUGGUAUUGGAAUUGGUGUAGUUAAAGCAGCCACUCAUUUCGGCUUCCUUCCACCAGAUCCUCUCUACCAUUUUGUGCUGCUGAUUCAAUAUACUCUGCCGCCUGCCAUGAAUAUUGGCACCAUGACACAGCUCGUUGAUGUGGCACAAGAGGAAUGUUCUGUCCUCCUCCUAUGGACUUACCUGUUUGCAGUGUUGUCUCUGACAGUAUGGUCGACAAUCUUCAUGUGGAUCUUGGCAUAAAAAUGUUGCUGCUGCUCAUGGCAAUGUUGUUGUGAUAUUGCCCUUUGCAAGUAUGGGGUGAAGGGGGAUGCCCAAAAGAUGAUGAUGAAAAGGCAAUAUGGAAUCCGUAGCAGUCUAAACGAAGCAUACGAGAUUGGUUGGAUUACAAUAUGGAUUUUUUUUUUCAUAAUAUGGAUUUCUGUAUUACAAUUCUGAUUAUUGGAUUUUUUGUUUCGAUUUUUUUUCAAUGUAAAUAAUGGUCCAUUAAGUUCAUCAUGAGAGUCGCCAUGCUCUUUUAGCAACGGACAAGCAUUUGUAUUUGGUUUUCAAUUUCAUGCAUUGAAAUUUACACUUGCUUCU